CUCUCACUAAAUACCUUUUUUCAGCAGUUCAAACAAUUUUGUCUACGUGGCAAGGUGAAUUAGUUACAAAUUACUACGUCGAAAAUAUGGGAAAUGAUGGUGGUUCAAUUCCGCUAAGGCAGGAGCUCGUAAAACAAAAGUCAAAAGUCGCGCAGUUAGACAUUGAUUUAAAACGAUCAUUACACAAAUCUUUAUUCACUCAAUGUUCGUUAAGCGGUGCAUCACUGCGAGAUCCAAUUGUUUCAUGCGGCUUUGGUCGAUUAUACAAUAAAGAAGCAAUACUCGAAAUGCUUCUUAAUCGAAGCUUAUAUCCAAACGCACCUGCUCACAUAACUUCCAUUCGAGAUGUACUACAAUUAAGCAUGAAGAAAAAUGAAGAAACUGAUCGGUGGAUGUGUCCCUUAUCCCGACAUGAAUUUAACGAGGCACAUAAAUUUGUCUAUAUCGUUCCCUGUGGACACGUGUUUGAACUCUCAGCCUUCCAGACAGUAGGCGGAAAUGAGUGUGUUUUGUGUAGUACUGCAGUUAACAAAGACGACAUCAUUCCUAUAAAUCCAAGCACAGAGCAGGAGAAAGCGUUGAAGGAACGACUUGAGAAACUUGCUCAGCAAGGAAAAACACACAGCUUAAAAAAGAUACCGAAUUCGAAGAAAAACAGCCGUAAAGAAAAGAAACGAAAACUGCCUUCUGAGGCAAGCACGACUGAGCACCGAGAAACAAAACACGUACAUACAGACAAGUUGGUGGCCUAAGUCGAAGCAUCUCGAAGUAGAAAAACGAGAAAGAAUCCACAGAGAGGUGUACGAAUUGUGUCAUGUCUACUACCGAAACAUGUUCUGUUGCAGCAGCAAGCAACGCAAAAACCAUCAAAAGCGCAAUUAUCUUCUCUCGUACGCGAAGCCUGUAACAUUUGCUUACUAGAUAAUACCGCUUUUAGCUUUAGGGCAGCCGAGAUGAUUCCACAAAAGCAAAAAGGUAUGAGAUUUAGUUAAUAAAAAGUUAGUAGAGAAUGAAAUGGGAUUCCGGACGCGAGUAUACGCAAACAAAUUUAC